AAGUAGGGAUGGGUGGAUGUUUGGUUGCGGAUGGGAAAGGGGGAAGGAGAGGCACGAAUUUGUCGUCGGUGUAUCCUGUGGCUCCACACGCUCCUGUGGCUCCACACGCUCCUGUGGCUCCACGCGCUCCUGUGGCUCCACAUGCUCCUGUGGCUCCACGCGCUCCUGUGGCUCCACACGCUCCUGUGGCUCCACGCGCUCCUGUGGCUCCACACGCUCCUGUGGCUCCACACGCUCCUGUGGCUCCACACGCUCCUGUGGCUCCACACGCUCCUGUGGCUCCACACGCUCCUGUGGCUCCACACGCUCCUGUGGCUCCACGCGCUCCUGUGGCUCCACACGCUCCUGUGGCUCCACACGCUCCUGUGGCUCCACGCGCUCCUGUGGCUCCACACGCUCCUGUGGCUCCACACGCUCCUGUGGCUCCACACGCUCCUGUGGCUCCACACGCUCCUGUGGCUCCACACGCUCCUGUGGUUCCACGCGCUCCUGUGGCUCCACACGCUCCUGUGGCUCCACACGCUCCUGUGGCUCCACGCGCUCCUGUGGCUCCACACGCUCCUGUGGCUCCACACGCUCCUGUGACUCCACGCGCUCCUGUGGCUCCACACGCUCCUGUGGCUCCACACGCUCCUGUGACUCCACGCGCUCCUGUGGCUCCACACACAUGCUUCCGUGCCUUCAAACAUGCCCCAUUCCGCCUUCUCCCCCUGCCACGCUGUUGCACCUCAGCGUACCUCAUCACGCCGUACUCUCCACCUUGCGACUCAAUCUACCACAUUGCACCACAGCUUACCACAUGGCGCCUCAACUUACCACAUGACGCCUCAGCUUACCACGUUGCACCUCAACUUUCCACAUUGUAUGUCUAUGCACUGCCCUGCACCCCAUGUGCACGGACCUCCUUUCCCCAUGCGCACGGCACUGUUACCCCAUGCGUGCACUGGCUGGCAUUGCUUGUAUCAGGUGCGGCGGUCGCGCAUCAGCGACAAGAUGAAGCUCCUGGCGGACCUCAUUCCGGGCAUGGACCGGCAGGUGAGGUGAGGUGGGUGGACCUCAUUCCGGGCAUGGACCGGCAGGUGAGGUGAGGUGGGUGGACCUCAUUCCGGGCAUGGACCGGCAGGUGAGGUGAGGUGGGUGGACCUCAUUCCGGGCAUGGACCGGCAGGUGAGGUGAGGUGGGUGGACCUCAUUCCGGGCAUGGACCGGCAGGUGAGGUGAGGUGGGUGGACCUCAUUCCGGGCAUGGACCGGCAGGUGAGGUGAGGUGGGUGGACCUCAUUCCGGGCAUGGACCGGCAGGUGAGGUGAGGUGGGUGGACCUCAUUCCGGGCAUGGACCGGCAGGUGAGGUGAGGUGGGUGGACCUCAUUCCGGGCAUGGACCGGCAGGUGAGGGCGGUGGAAGGGGACGGCAGGUGAGCAAGGCACAAAAAAACGGAUUCCGUAUUAUACAGUCCGAAUACUACGGUCGUUCUGUUUGGUGAAUUUGGGAAAAGAACGUCGUUUUUAAAAACGAAAUCACUACCUUGAAAAUAACUCAUUUUUCUAUCUCAAACAUCUCAUGGCAUUAUCCCUGAGGCCUAGGGCCGUUAUGGGAUCUACAGUUCUCCGACCUCUCUACGAGGUGAGGUCAUCUACCCUCCCCUAUCCAUGCGUUGUGUUAUAAGUUGGAAGACCUAGAAAGCAGAUGUGAAACGAGUUGAAAUGCUUCAGGAAUGUGAGUACCUGUUUGACGUUGGGCGAUGUUUGAAUGUGGAAUGUUAGAGAGGUUUGGUGAAGAGAAUGGGAGGUACAGACUAGGGUUGGUAUAAUCGCGUCGCUGAUGCAUCGCAAGUGUCGCGCUAUGCGCGAAAACAUCGUUGCAGGUCGCGAAGAUGUACACCGGAUCGCAACGGCUUCGUCAAUUGAGUGAAAAACACGAACUGACAGUUUGGGAUUUCACCCUUCAGGGAAACGUUGACCCGACAGCCAGCUUCGUUUUUUACCAGGCAUAAACCAGCCCCGGAAAUUCGCAUUCCCGAUGUACGUCGACAUAAUUUUGGCUGAAAAAAAAAAGACCGAAAACA